AUGACGCUAGCAACAUCUCUGUAUGAGAUUCAACGGCAAGUAUUUCGAAUCGGCGGUCCAGUAUUAAUAGCGAUUGGAAGUGUCAGUUGCUUGUUGAAUAUAUUCAUACUUACGAAAGAUACUUUACGAAAAAAUCCAUGUACUAUCUGCUUAAUUGCUGUUAAUAUUAUCAAUUUUUCCUAUUUUUAUCUGGGUCUUUUACCGACGACACUAGCUGUCGGUUAUAACAUUGAUCCAAGUACAACUAGUCUUGCGUUUUGUCGAUUUCGUUAUUAUGCUGCUUUUAUUCUGGCAUGUUGGCAAGCAUCCUGUCUCAUUUUAGCUUCUGUUGAUCGUACACUGAUUACUUCAGGAAAUGCUAGGACACGAAAACGUAGUACGAGUCGUUCGGUGAAAGUGAGCAUGAUAUUCUUAGGAAUAUUCUGGCUAUUAGCCGAAAGUCAUGCAUUGAUUUUUACGGACAUUGUUGAGUUUGGAUACAAUUAUUUCGUUUGCUUCUACCGGCCGGGUUUAUAUACUACGAUUAUGACUUAUCAUUCGUUCAUAAUUAUGGGGUUUACUCCAACUCUGCUUAUGGCAAUAUUUGCCCUUUGGACGGUGAAGAAUAUUCGAAGCAUACGUCUUCGUCGUCGUCGUCCGGUGCAAGAUGCUCCGAUAGCAACACUCGGCAUGAUCACAAUUCAGAGACCACUUGCACUUCGCUCGAAAGAUCGACAGUUGAUCCGAAUCUUACUUAUAGAUAUACUUGCUUAUAUUAUUUGCAAGUUUCCGUCAGCGAUUGCUCUUCUGUAUCUACAAGUUACUUCGAAUUAUAAUAAAAGUGCUGAUGAGCAAGUAAUUCAACAAUCAAUUCUGCAAAUGUCAUUCUUCUGGUACUUCAUUGACAAUGGAAUUGGCUUUUAUAAGAAUAUUCUCGUGGCAGACACAUUUCGAAAGGAACUCAAGCGCAUCUUAUUCUCCUAG